AUGAAGAUGGAGGACUAUGAAAUAUUCUGUAAGAAGCAUUUUUCUAGAAUCCAGGGAGAAGCAAUAAAAAGAGAAACCUCUUUCACUGCUCAGUGCAAAAACAUCUCGCUCAUUCAAUUCCAUGGAGUUCCUGUGCUUUCCCCUCUGCUUAGCCUUGAGAAGAAAAAGGAAAUACAGCAAUAUAAACAGAAAGCACUGGACCUGGAGACCUGGAGACAGAACUCCAAGAAGAGAGCUUUAAUGAAUCGUGUACAGGAGAUUCUAGAAAAUGUUCAGCUGAGGAAGGGAGCUGGCAUGAGUCACGUGAACACACAGGAAGCUGAGAAUAUUUUCCCUGAUCCAGAUUCAAAAGCUUCAACUGAGUUCACAGCUCUAUCCAGUGUCAGUUUGGCAUGUUCUCCUGAAAGGCGUGCUCCCAUGGACCUUGACAAGACAAUGGAACUUAAGGCAUCAGAUACUACUGGGCAGGUGACAUCAAAUGUGACAGAAGUCAUUAAAGCAGCCGAAGAAAAUGUUUUUUCAAAGCAGAGUGAGAGUCAUUUCUCAAAAGAGGUACCUUGUCCAAGGGCUGCGUCUCCUGACAAUGUGCAUAAUAAGCUUGCAUCACAUGCUCUGCAAAAGCCGGAGGGACUGGAAGGGCCACCACUGGAUGAGGAAGUCCAAGAUUCCUCUGUAAUGAGUCUUCAGAACCUGAUGAAGAAAUCUAGGGAGUACGUAGAGAAAGAGCAAACAAAGCGUAGUUCAAAAAGUAAUUCAAGGAGAAGUAUGAGUGAAAGCCAUUCAGAUAAAGAAAAUGAUGGUGUUAAAACAACGGAUUCUGUGAAAGAAAGAGUAAAGCUUACAGGCAGAACUUGCACUGGUCUGGCACCUGAUAAACCCAAUCUUAAUAAAUCAAAUGCUCUUCUCCAAGGUGCCUCUACUCAUACAAAUAACACAAGUAUGUCCACUUUAUCCAGUUUUUCUAAAGUGGACAUACCUAUGAGAGUUGGAACACCCCCACUGGUGGAUUCAGAUUCGGAUGAAGAAUUUAGAAAGACUUGUGUCUUUGAUCGUGACAGCAGUAUUGUCAGGAGCCUCACAGGCUCUUACACUAAAUUGCCAAGCCCAGAGCCAAGCAUGAGCCCUAAAAUGCACCGAAGGCGCCCAAGACCUUUAUCCAUGGGACACAUCAUUAUAAAUAACCCUGUGAGUGCGUCCGAGUUGAGUCCGAAAGGCAAGGGUAGAGCAAUGGAUUUAAUCAUGCAAGAUAUUGCUGAUAAAAAUAACGUGUCUGAAUCUGUGCCCAGGUUCAUGGUGGACUUCACUAUGGUUUGCCCUGGCAGAGUUCCUGGUGUCAACAGGAAUUCUUCAGGCCCCUGUGACGGGAUGGGGGUCAGCAAACUGAAUCACCAUUCCUUUGGACAUCUGGAAAGCAAAGGGACGUUGUCAGCUACAGUGGAAGGACAGGUAGUGGUGGACAGCAGAGGGCCAUAUAAAGUAGAGACCAGUACUAAUACUGUGGCUCCAAAAUUGAAUGAGCCGUUUGCCAUCAGUCAGUCUGUGGUAACACAGAAGCUCCUGGCUAUGAAUGAAACCAAACCCUCUAGUUUGCUAGAAAACACUAAAUGUAACUCUCCAGUAGAACUCAAUAAAUCUUAUGACGUGGAAAACCCAUCCCCACUACUAAUGCAGAGCAAGAAUAUGCAACAGCAGAUGAACACUCCAAGUUCCCCAGCUAAUGAACAGUUUUUAGAAAAUAGUUUUGAAAAGGUAAAACGUAGACUUGAUUUGGACACUGACAACUGCCAAAAGGAAAACAGUCCCUGUGUUCUAACAGUUGGAAUGGAAGAACAAGAGAAGCAGUGGUUGCAAGAACAGAAGCAUGCUGUUGGGUCAGUUUACAUUACCAAGAAUGCAGCCCCUGAUAGUAUGGCAAAAGAAGAUAUUUUAAAAACUAAAAUGUUGGCCUUUGAGGAAAUGAGAAAGAGACUUGAAGAACAACAUGCACAGCAACUGUCGAUUCUGAUAGCUGAACAAGAGAGAGAACAGGAGAAAUUGCAGAAGGAACUAGAAGAACAGGAGAGAAAGUUGAAAGGAAAGAAGAUUGCCACCACAGAAAUAGAAAUUUCCAAAGUGAAUAUUAACAGCAGGAUGGAGUUGGAGUGGAGGAAAAAAACCGGAAGUGGCUUGCUGGAAAGUGUGCAGUCUCAGCUGGAGACAGCCCACAACACAAACUCUACCAGCACUGGUUUUGCUCAUACUACAACACCUAACACCUUUACUUCAACAAGUGAAACUUCAUUCUUUCUGUGGGGACCAUCAGGCAGUGGAGUAAUAAAAACCUCAGUAUCUAGGCCAAGUAACAGGAUCAAAAGGUGGACUCAGGUUUUCAGUCCGGAGAUCAAAAUGAAGUUUGAUAAGAUCACUGCUGUGGCAAAAGGGUUUCUCACUCGUAGACUCCUGCAGACAGAAAAACUGAAACACCUUAAACAAACUGUAAAAGAUACUAUGGAGUUCAUAAAAAAUUUUCAGUCUGAAGCCCCCUUAAAAAGAGGAAGUGUUUCAGCACAAGAUGCAUCCCUUCAUGAAAGAGUAAUGGCUCAGCUGCGAGCUGCACUGUAUGACAUCCAUGACAUCUUUUUCACAAUGGAGGCAUCGGAAAGAAUGAAUAUUCUGCGUCACGAUCGUGAAGUUCGUAAGGAGAAGAUGCUCAGGCAAAUGGAUAAAGUAAAGAGCCCAAGAGAGAGAGUGACACUUUCAACAGCUACACAGAAAUCCCUGGAUAGGAAAAAGUACAUGAAGGCCUCAGAAAUGGGAAUGCCAAGUAAAAAAAUAAUCAUAAAACAAAAAAAUCCUGAAAGCCGCGUACUUCAACCCAACCAAGGCCAGAAUGCCCCAGUUCAUAGACUGCUCUGCAGACAAGGAACCCUUAAGACCUCAGUGAAGGGGGUUGAGCAAAAUAGAAAGAAGGCCUCAGAGAGCAGAGUGUCUUACAAGGCUGUUUCAGGAGCAUAUGCAGGAAGAACCCAAAGAAAGAAGCCAAAUGUUGUGACAAUUUAA